AUGUCUUUACCACCGUCGCUUCAGCCCUUCGUUACUAGGAAGGUGUUCCACAGGACGUGGGCAGGAACGUUUUACUGUAAGCCGCAGGCUAUUUUCCAGCCUACAAAUGAAAAAGAGAUUGUCGAGUUGAUCAACCAGGCGAGGAGGCUUGGGAAGACCAUCAUGACGGUUGGCUCCGGUCAUUCUCCUUCCGACUUGACCAUGACCAACGAGUGGUUGUGCAAUUUGGAUAAAUUUGAUAAGGUGCUUAAGCAGGAGGAGUUUUAUGGACCUUCAGAUUCGGGCAAACAGGUGAAGUAUGUGGACUUGACUGUGGAAGCCGGUAUCCGGAUCUACCAGCUUAAUGAGUACUUGAAGGAACACAGUUUGGCGAUCCAGAACUUGGGUUCUAUAUCUGACCAGUCGAUUGCUGGGCUCAUUUCCACAGGAACCCACGGCUCGUCGCAAUACCACGGGUUGGUUGCUCAGCAGGUGGUUUCUUUGGUUGUGGCCAACUCUGAGGGUAAGCUCAUUGAGUGUUCGUCUGUGAAGAACGAGAAAUUGUUCAGAGCAGCUCUUUUGUCGUUGGGCAAAAUCGGUAUCAUCACUCAGGUGACGUUGAGAGCGGUUCCUAGAUACACCAUCAAGUCGAAGCAGGAGAUCAUCAAGUUCACCACACUUUUGCGUGAGUGGGACUCGAUCUGGUUGGAUUCGGAAUUUAUCAGAAUCUGGUGGUUUCCUUACUCCGGAAACUGUGUGUGCUGGAGAGCUUCUAAGUCAGAAGACCCUUUGAGCGAUCCCCGUCCUUCGUGGUAUGGUACUUUCUUUGGCAGACUCUUUUACGAGUCGCUCUUAUGGGUUUCUGUCAAAAUCUGCCCAAAGCUCACUCCAUGGGUCGAGAAAUUCGUGUUUAAACAACAAUAUGGCGAUGUAGAGACGUUGGGCAAGGGUGACGUGGCUGUCCAGAACUCAGUUGAGGGGCUCAACAUGGACUGCUUGUUCUCACAGUUUGUGAAUGAGUGGUCAGCACCUUUGAUCGAAGGUAUCGAUAUUUUGACUGAAUUGAACGAAAAAAUCCAGGACGCCGCUAAAAAGGGUGACUUUUAUGUCCAUGCUCCAAUUGAAGUGAGAUGCUCUAACGUGACUUAUUCUGAUAAACCUUUUGUUGAUGCUGAAGGUAAACCUUCCUUGCACCCACCUCAAGAAUGGUUAGCCAAGAGGAGCCCUGUGAGCGCUGGUCCAAUUCCAGGAAACAAUUUAAGACCAUUUUUGGACAACUCCCCGGAAGGGUUGCCUUACGAGGCAGAUCUUUCGAAGGUAAAGAACGAUCAGUUGACUCUUUUUAUCAAUGCCACAAUGUAUAGACCAUUCGGUUUCAACGUGCCAACCCACAAAUGGUACCAAAUUUUUGAAGACGCUAUGAGCCGUGCGGGCGGCAAGCCACACUGGGCAAAGAACUUCAUUGGUUUGUCUGGUGAUCAUCAUGACGAAGAGGAUUUGAAGACUCAGUUGAACUUCGGUGGAAAGAAGUUCUACUCCAUGCUCGGCUUCGACCCUGUGAUGAAGAAGUGGUUUGGGCCCAGCUUAGAAGCAUACAAUGAGAUUAGAAGAGAGAUGGACCCACACGGGGUGUUCUUGAGUGGAAAAGCGUGGGCUGUUAGAAACGGAAUCUUAAUAGAAUAG